CCUUGAAAAAUACAAAAAUUGACGAAGGUCCAGGUCCAAUGACCUAUAAGUUGAAAAGUACAAUUGGAAUGCCUAAAAAAACUGAUCCUUCUCUUUGGCAAUCGCCAGCAUUUUCUAUUAGAUCUAAAUGUCAAGAAUUUAAUAAUUUUAAAAGCCCUGGACCUAUUUAUAAAUUGAAUAAUGUUACUCGUUAUGGUCUAGAAAGAAUAAAACCAAUCAGUAUAGCAAAAAAAUACUACCCAAGAGAUGUACAAAAAAGUCCAGGACCCGCUGCAUAUUUUCCAUGCUAUCCAAACUUGAAACGAGCACCAACACCUAUAUUUUUGUUUCAUUAUAGAGAAAGCAAAAAAGACAAAGUUCCACCACCCAAUUCAUAUAAUUUACAAAAACAUACUAAACAAAUGUCAAUACAAAGUAGAACUGAAGGAUUUACAAUAAAAUCGAGAACUAAAUACGGAGUAAAGGAUAAAGGCAUCGAAGGUCCAGGCCCAGCAGCUUAUAAUGCCGUGAACUUAGACAAAUACAAAGAAUAUAAUCCACCUAAAACAAUGGGAAAACAUUUAAAUUUUUUGUUGUUGGACAAUAUCCAUAUGACCCCAGGACCUGGAUCGUAUAAUGUAUCCAAGUGCUUUAAAUGUUGUCAAAAAAAUUUUACAUUUGGAAAAAAACGUCCUUCAAAAUUUGUACCAUACGUUGUACCAGAAGAUAAUAAUAUUUAA